UCGGGGAUUAGAACCAGCGACCUUUCGGUUACUGGCACAACGCUCUUAACCACUAAACUACCUGCCAUUUGUGACGCACAAUAUUUUAUUAUAAGAUCAGCAGAAAUCCUGUAUACCACUUGUAGACUACACUGAAGACUUACUGGCUUAUUGGCUUUAAUGUCAAGGGAUAAAUACAUUUAGUAUGUGAUGUAUGAAGAAAAAAAAAAGUAUGCACAUUGUUAGUGCUGUAGUCAUGAUGGUGGCGAUAAAGUGCUGAUAUCAAAUUUACCAAAUUGACCCAGAUGUAGCAGGGUCUAUGUCAACUAUAACAGAUGUGAGUGAAUAGUAGAGAGAUAGGCAAUGUGAUUGACAAGCCAACGCCUCAAUAGAGAGGGCGUUCCUUUGCGAAAAGGGGCGGGGCAAUAGCAGAAACUCUGCCUUCUGAGUGGAAGCAAGCACAUCGAAGAGUCUUCUAAUUUGGAUCACACAACAAUAAUGAAUGGAAAGGCAUCGUAGCCAAGAAAAUUCAGCUCAGCAACUAAGUAGCCUAGCUAUUUGGGUGGAUUAUUAUUGAAAGAAGAAUUCACAGAAAGAAAUGGAGAUGGAUUGGCCGGGUAAAUUGGAGACCAUUCUUUGGAACAGAAAACAAUUGUAUCCUCAUUGUUACUGUUGAGAGAUGAGGUUCCGUUUAGAGUAAGUUACAGUUUAGUGUUCUUUACAAAUGCAAAAGUAGCAGUUUUUUUUUUAUUGAGACAGAAUGAAACUGGUGUGGUGUAAACUUUUGAUUUAAACGGAAACUUUUGGAACAGAAGUGCUGUGAUUUGGAAUAACGCACUGGUGCAUUUUGGAGGAACAGAGAACAUUUUCCCACUUUUGGAAAAACUCUGGAAGAACGUCGAAAGAGGGAACUUUAUCUAUUCUACUUAAAGGAUACAGUACUUAUUUUAACCAUGGGGAAUAUUGAGAGUGUGGAUGGACAGUCGGACAAUAUGAAGCAUCAUGUAAUGCCGUUGAAAGUGCCAAUGCCUGACCAGUCGGAGUUGGAGGAGAGAUUUGCUUUAGUUUUGAAUUCCAUGAACCUUCCUCCUGACAAAGCCAGACUCCUCAGACAGUAUGAUAAUGACAAGAAAUGGGACCUCAUCUGUGACCAGGAACGGUUUCAGGUGAAGAACCCUCCUCACACCUACAUCUCCAAACUACGGGGCUACUUAGACCCAGGAGUCACACGCAAGAAGUUCCGAAGGCGGGUCCAGGAAUCCACUAAGGUUCUGAGGGAACUGGAGAUAUCACUGAGGACUAAUCACAUAGGGUGGGUCCGGGAGUUCCUAAACGAUGAGAACAGAGGUCUGGAUAUCCUGGUGGAGUACCUGUCCUUUGCUCAGUGUGCUGUCAUGUUGAAUUUUGAGGGUCUGGAGAAUGGGGAGGAGAUUUCCAUGGACAAGGCUAAAUCCUGGAGUAGGUCUAUAGAGGAUCUACACCAGAGUGGCGCUCAGCCUUUCUGCAACACGCUGGUCCGCUCUGCGCGCCAGUCUGUUCUCCGCUAUGGCACAGCACCGAACAGCAAAACCAUUAAGAACUCACGACUCGUGAGCCAGAAGGACGACGUGCAUGUUUGCAUCAUGUGCUUGCGAGCCAUAAUGAACUACCAGUAUGGCUUCAACCUGGUGAUGUCCCACGCACACGCAGUCAACGAAAUAGCCCUCAGUCUGAACAAUAGGAACUCAAGGACAAAAGCCCUGGUUCUGGAGCUGCUGGCUGCAGUGUGUCUGGUUAGAGGAGGUCAUGAGAUCAUACUCUCUGCCUUCGACAACUUCAAAGAGGUGUGCAAGGAGAAGCAUCGCUUUGAGAAGCUGAUGGACUAUUUCCGUGUGGAGGAUGGGAACAUUGACUUCAUGGUGGCCUGCAUGCAGUUCAUUAACAUCGUGGUCCACUCAGUAGAAGACAUGAACUUCAGGGUUCACCUGCAGUAUGAGUUCACCAUGCUGGGCCUAGAUGACUACCUGGAGAAAUCCAAGUACACAGAGAGUGACAAGCUGUCAGUCCAGAUCCAGGCCUACCUGGAGAAUGUGUUUGAUGUGGGCGGCCUGCUGGAGGAUGCAGAGACCAAGAACGUGGCUCUGGAGAAGGUGGAGGAACUGGAGGAACACCUGUCCCAUGUGACGGAGAAGCUUCUGGACGUGGAGAAUGAGACCAUCAUGAAAGUGGCUGACCUGGAGAAGCAGCUCCUACAGAAGGACAAGGAUCUCCAUGUCAUACGGGAGACGUAUGAGUCGACCAACACCCAGGUCCACACCCUGAGGAGGAUGAUCAAGGAGAAGGACGCUGCCUUCCAGAGGAGCUUCAACAUAGAGAAGCGCCUGCUGGAGAUGGAACAGCAGGGGACCAUCCGCCUCCGCAAGCAGCCGGACGGGGACAUCGCCAUCGAGCCCCUGGGAGGGGGCGGUGGUGGUGGUGGUGGAGGAGGAGGAGGGGGUGGAGGUCCGGGGGUGCUUCUGGGUGACUUUGGGCAGAAUGGAGGGUUCUCAGUGGGGCCUGGAGGAGUAACAGGGCCAGGAGGACCAGGAGGACCAGGGACUAGUCUAUCAAGGGCCAGUGAAGCACCACCUCCCCCACCUCCUCCUCCCCCUCCACUUCCCUCUGCUUUAGGAGAGAAUGCUCCAUGCCCACCUCCACCCCCACCCCCUCCUAUGGCCCCGCCUCUACCAGGAACUGCACCCAAUUUCAUCCUCAAUAUGGGCCUAUCAGCUAUCAGGAUCAAGAAGCCCAUCAAGACCAAGUUCCGUCUGCCUAUAUUCAACUGGACCGCUCUGAAACCCAACCAGAUCAAUGGUACGGUCUUCAGUGAGAUAGAUGAUGAAAGAGUACUAGAGGACCUGGAUGUGGAGAAGUUUGAGGAACUGUUUAAGACCAAGGCCCAGGGUCCAGUGGUGGACCUGAGUGGCCCCAAGACCAAGGUGUCUCAAAAGGCUGUCAAUAAGGUCUCCCUGCUGGACGCAAACCGCUCCAAGAACCUGGCUAUCACCCUGAGGAAGGCCAACAAGAGCACUGAAGAGAUCUGCAAAGCCAUACAGACCUUUGACCUGAAGGCCCUGCCGGUGGACUUCGUGGAGUGUCUGAUGCGUUUCCUUCCAACGGAGGCGGAGGGGAAGAUGAUGCGUCAGUACGAGCGGGAGCGGCGACCGCUGGACGCGCUGACGGACGAGGACCGAUUCAUGCUCUUCUUCUCCAAGAUCGAAAGGCUCACCCAGAGGAUUAAUAUUAUUACGUUCGUAGGGAACUUCUCAGACAACGUCAACAUGCUAACCCCGCAGCUCAAUGCCAUUAUCGCAGCGUCCGCAUCCGUCAAGUCUUCACCCAAGUUAAAACGAAUGCUAGAGAUCAUCUUAGCCCUGGGAAACUACAUGAACAGCAGCAAGAGAGGAUCUGUGUAUGGCUUCAAACUACAAAGUCUUGAUCUGCUACUGGACACUAAGUCUACAGACAGGAAGAUGACUCUGCUCCACUACAUAGCUGUGGUUGUCAAGGAGAAGUAUCCUGAGCUGGCUAACUUCUUCAACGAACUGCACUUUGUGGACAAAGCUGCUGCAGUGUCUCUGGAGAAUGUGCUGCUGGACGUGCGGGAGCUGGGUAAAGGGAUGGAUCUGAUCAGGAGAGAGUCUAGUCUCCAUGACCACUCUGUUCUCAAGGGCUUCCUCCAGACCAGCGACACUCAGCUGGACAAACUGCAGAAGGAUGCCAAGACCGCUGAGGAAGCCUUCAACAAUGUGGUGAACUACUUUGGGGAGAGUUCCAAGACUACUCCUCCCUCCGUGUUCUUCCCUGUGUUUGUGCGAUUCAUCAGAGCUUACAAGGAUGCGGUGGAUGACAAUGAGCAGAGGAAAAAGCAGGAGAAAGCCAUGAGAGAGAAGUUACUGGCUCAGGAGGCCAAGCAACAUGAGCCCAAGGUCCAGGUAGUGAAGAAGAGGCAGCAGCAACAGGAGCUGAUCUCAGAGCUGCGUAAACGCCAGGCCAAGGACCACCGACCCGUCUACGAGGGGAAGGACGGCACCAUCGAGGAUAUCAUCACAGUGUUGAAGAGCGCCCCCUUCACAGCCCGUACUGCUAAACGAGGCUCACGGUUCUUCUGUGAGGCACAGCUGUGUGACGACUCCAACUGCUAGCCUCUACAGUUCCUCCCCCCUAAUGCCAAGGUUGUCCAAAACAGAUCUCCGCAGCCAGCCUUUCCUGCGGCACGACACGCUGAUCCGGAGCAGCUGGAAGAGACCCUAAACAAACCACUCGUUCUUCCUCCCUCUCACCCCUUCCCUUUAUAACCAAAC